ACGUCAACAUCAGUCAACACCGCCGCAGCCGCUCGCUCGUUCAUCAUCGCAGAAAAAAGUGCCGUGUGUGGACGUUCCGCAUUUUUUUUCGAUGUUGUUGCUUUUAGUCUGGUGAAAAUCCUGAGCAAAUUUGAUCCUAUUAUCCUUGUGAAGUGCUGUUCGAGUUUACCGAUUCGUAAUGCCUCCGAAGAAAGCGCCAGCCGGCGGUGCCUCAAAGAAGGCUGAGACCAAGAAAAAGGAGAAAAUCAUUGAGGACAAAACUUUUGGUCUGAAAAACAAGAAAGGAGCCAAACAGCAAAAGUUUAUCACUCAAGUGGAGAAACAAGUCAAAAGCGGAGGUCAACAUAACCUGCUGAAUAAUCCGAAUGCCAAGAAGGAGGAGAAGGAAAAGAAGCUGAAGGAGCAGAAGGAAUUGGCUCAGCUGUUCAAGCCGGUUCCAACGCAAAAGAUCGAGAAGGGCGCUGACCCCAAAUCGAUCCUGUGUGCGUUCUUCAAGCAGGGAACCUGUACCAAGGGUGACAAGUGUAAAUUUUCCCAUGAUCUGGCCAUUGAGCGGAAGGCCGAGAAGCGGUCCAUUCAUGUGGAUAUGCGCGAUGCCGAGAACGAUACGAUUGAAAAUUGGACCGAGGAAAAACUGGCCGAAGUCGUUGCCAAGAAGCACGGCAAGGAGAAAACUAUGCCCACCACCACGAUUAUUUGCAAGUACUUCCUGGAUGCUGUGGAAAAGUCCCUCUACGGUUGGUUCUGGGAAUGUCCGAACGGUGAAAAGUGUAUCUACCGGCACGCUCUUCCGCCGGGCUAUGUGCUCAAGAAGGACAAGAAGAAAAUGGACGCCCAAAAGGAGGAAAUUUCGCUGGUAGAUUUGAUCGAACGGGAACGCGCUGCACUGGGAUCGAACCAAACGCGCGUCACGCUGGAGACCUUCCUCGCGUGGAAGAAACGCAAAAUACAGGAGAAGAAGAAGCGCGAACAGGAGGAAGAGGACCGCAAGCGCAAGGACUUCAAGGCCGGUCGCCAGAAUGGACUGUCCGGAAGGGAAAUGUUCAGCUUUAACCCCGACAUGGUCGACUUCGGAAUGGAUGACGGCGAGGAAGCUAUCGAAUCUUAUGGACGGAAUGAAGACGAUGAUGACGCUACUGAAUAUAAGGAACUGGAUUUGAAUAUGCUGUCGCUUUCCAUCAAGGAGGUGGAUAAUACUGGUACCGUGGCCGAGGAGGACCGAUGGCAGAAAAUGAAAGCAAACCUACCGGAUGAGCCCGCCGAGAAUGGAGAAGUGGAGGGUGCCGCAGCGGUACCUGCCAGCUCCUCGGAUGCCGCACCUAUCAACGAGAACCUAUUCCUCGACGAAGACCUGGAAGGAAUCGACGACGAGCUGAGCGAUGACGACGAUGAUGAUGAUGACGGCGACGAUGGAGAAGCAAAUGAAAACAGCGAAAAGUCGUGAUAAGGAAUGAUCCAGUGUAGGUGGAAGAAAGUUUUAAGGAAUGCUCUUUUGUUAGCGAAACCAUUUAGAUUGCUAUCGUGCAAAUGGUUCACACUUGAAUGUUCGAUAUGGCUACAAUUAAACACGUACAGUCAAAUUAUCAUA